GCAGGCGUCUGUAGCCUGGGGUCGCUGGGCGGUGGGAAGGGGAAGGUGUUUUGGGGCCCGGUCGGAGCCGGGCGUGGAGCAGAGGCGUAGCGGAGACGACUAGGGUGCGCUGAGCGAGCGAGUGGGCACCGGGCAUGACCCUGCUGUGAACCGCGAAGGGUGGAAGAUGGGACGGCGCCGGGCGCCGGAGCUGUACCGGGCGCCAUUCCCGCUGUACGCGCUGCGAGUCGAACCCAGCACCGGCCUCCUCAUCACCGCGGGCGGGGGCGGCGCCGCCAAGACUGGCAUCAAGAAUGGAGUGCACUUUUUGCAACUGGAACAGAUUGGUGGAGCUUUGAGUGCCUCUUUGCUGCAUUCCCAUGACACAGUGACUAGGGCCACCAUGAACCUUGCCCUAGCAGGCAAUAUUCUUGCUGCGGGGCAGGAUGCUAGCUGUCAGCUCCUUCAGUUCAAACCUCAAGAGCACGAGACCAGUGACAAGCAAGACAAUGCAGGUUCCCAGGAGCAGGGCCCGAGGCAAAGGAAGGGGGCAGGAGCCGCGGCUGAAACACAAGAAGCUGGGGCGUCAAUUCAGGGAGAGGGGGUGGAGCUGAAUGUGGAGAACUUGCAGUCUGUGCAGACAGACUUUGGCUCUGACCCACUGCAGAAGACUGUGUGCUUCAAUCAUGAUAAUACCUUGCUUGCCACUGGGGGCACUGAUGGCUUUGUUCGUGUUUGGCAGGUGCCUAGCCUUGAAAAGGUUUUGGAGUUCAAAGCUCAUGACGGGGAGAUUGAAGACCUGACUUUGGGCCCUGAUGACAAGAUGGUGACAGCAGGCUGGGAUUUUAAGGCCUGUGUGUGGCAAAGGGACCAGCUGGUGACAGGGUUGCGCUGGGAUGAAAACUUGCCUCCUUUACCUGACACACCUUAUCGCUAUCAAGCUUGCAGGUUUGGGUGGGUGCCAGACCAGCCUGCUGGGCUGCGGCUCUUCACAGUGCAGAUUCCCCACAAGCGCCUGCGCCGGCCACCACCCUGCUACCUCACAGCCUGGGAUGGCCAUAAUUUCCUGCCCCUUCGGACCCAGCCUUGUGGUAACGAGGUCAUUUCCUGCCUCAGUGUCAGUGAAUCAGGCACCUUCUUAGGCCUAGGCACCGUCACUGGCUCUGUCGCUAUCUACAUCUCUUUUUCCCUCCAGCGUCUCUACUAUCUUCGGGAGGCUCACGGCAUCGUCGUGACAGAUGUGGCCUUCAUGCCAGAGCAGGGGCGUGGCCGAGAGCUUCUGGGGGCUCAUGAAGCAGCAUUGUUCUCUGUGGCCGUGGACAGUCGGUGCCAAUUGCAUCUGUUGCCCAUUCGGCGGAGUGUCCCUGUGUGGUUGUUGCUGCUGCUGUGUGCUGGGCUCAUCAUUUUGGCCAUCCUGCUGCUUCAGACUGCCUUCCCAGGCUUUCUUUAGCCUUACUUGUUUCCUGGGGGAUCAGGACCCUGAACACUGAAAAGACCAGAGCCAGUCAAGGCCUAGGGCACCACUAUUUCCACUGAGACUGGAGCUGAAGCUGCCCCAUGAAAAUGAGGAAUAUGAUAGUGGCCCCCACCCUACCUAAAGGCUGAAUGCUGCCAAACCCUGGCUCUUGGCACAGGGUUCUUCUCAUUUCAUCUAAGACAACAAUUUCUGAGGUACCACUCGUUGCUCCUUCUAAGAGCAGAGCUGAAACUGUUCCUGAGAGGACUGAAAAUGUGACAGCUGUCCCCACCUCACCUAGAGUCUGGAUGCUGCACAGCCCCGGCCAGCCAGGGGCCAGACAGCCCUUUCCCCUCAACACUGUGAAGAUGACUGAAGCCUUGGUGGCUAUACUACCCCCACUUUGUUGGAAGGGCUCAACUCUCUCUUGCUGCUUGGUGAUGAAUUGAGCACAUCUCAUCCCUCCUCUUCUAUGCAGCUCUUGUUCUUUUACCACUGAGAUUAAAUCAGUGUUCCAGUCCUUAACAACUGUUAUGGGACUUGGAGGUUUCACCAAAAAAUUAGCAGACUCA